ACCUUACACUCCACAGGCGUACUUCAUUUCCCGCCACCGCAGCAUGUGUGCGGCCGUCCUCAUCAGCCGGACCACGGCCAUGACGGCGGUCCCGUGCGUGGUGGACGCGGCCUACGAGAUCAAGCACAACGGACGCGUCAACUUCGACCGAGGCCCCAUCAACCUCGUCAUUGGCUCCGACUACAGACACAUGCGGCGCGGGAUCAAGAUAGAAGUCAUUAAGCUCAUCGUGCCUAAGUUCCCAGAGAGCGCCAAACUGAAGGGGAUGCUAAUCAGCAAGACCAUAGCGCUCAUGGUGCUAGAGUCUCUCGUGCCUGACAUUGUGAUGGAGUUCCCGCCGCGGGGCGUCAUCGUGGACACCAAAGGCACCAUCAAAAUGGAUCUCUACGAGGAGUGCUUCACCGCCGGCUGGCACUACUUCGUCUCGGGGGACGUGAUCCACCCGGGCCGCAAGUUCCCGCUGAAGGACAGCAUGCUCCACGCGCAGUUCGUGACCGUGGUGAAGAUACGUCCCACAUGCGAGACGCUCCAGCUCAAGUACAACGCCGCCAUGACGCGGCUCUGGAACGGCCACCCGCACGACGAGGACAGCGACGAGCUCCUGUGCGCCGUUGAUCCAACUCGCUUUGGGCAAUUAUGUCAUGGCACGUUCGGGUCGCCGUUGAUCUGCAAGAACACGGUGGUGGGUCUGCUGGUGUCUCCGGACGCACAGUGGACCAACUGCACGGGCAAGUCCAACAUCUUCCACCUCAUCGGCUCGCCCGACCUGCAUAACUUCUUCAACUGCACCCAGAAACUAUUCGACCCCGAGUUCACGGUGGACCAGGUGGCGCUUCGCAAGAAAGUGUACGAGAACGGGCAGCCGGACCUCCAGGACAUGAACUACGACAACGUGCUGGCGGACUUUGACGAAGAGUCCGAGAACUGGGAGGAGGAGCAGUUCGGGGGAUAGUGCCCUGAGGGCCGGGCAGCAGUCAGCGUGAUGCCCGGAUCUUAGUCUGCGUGUACGAAACUCGCGAUGGGCGUUCGUACACAACGCAUAAUGCAUUUGAUUACAUCGCCGUCGAGCCGCCUCACCGGCCGUCGCUCACCCCGUCGCAAGUUUCGUAACCGCGCAGACUUAGAAUAGUUAAGAAGUAUAUUUUUAAGAAAACAUGGAGCUUAAUUAAUUUGUCGUUUAAAAAUAAACGUCUUCGGGAGUUUUGUCGCAAGUAUUUUUUAUUUAAUUUUAACCCGCGAAUAUCUGUCCUCCAAUCUUUAGGGA